AUAUGCUGUGCGCGUGCUGGAGGCAGCGGGGGCGCGCGCAGCUGUCACGAGGAGAAGAUGAGCGACACCGUGAUCGCGGAGGGAGCCGUGCAACUCAGAGACGGAAGAAAAUGGAGGAGCCGCUGGUUGGUUCUGCGCAAACCCUCGCCGGUCGCAGAUUGUCUGGUGCUGUGCGUGUAUAAGGAGCGCGGUGUGAAGGAGAGCAGCGUGACGCUGGAGCACAUCUGCGGUCUGGAGGCGUGUGCCAGCGGCGACGGCGUUCCCUUCAUCCUCUCCAUCCUGUGUCUCAGUCAGAGCGCCGUGCUCGGGUUCGACAGCAGGGAGGCGCUGCAGAGCUGGGACCUGCGGCUGCGCUACUGCCUCGGGGAAGUCCACAGUUUCAGCGUAUCUGUGCUGCCUGGCACUAAACUGGAAAGCGGCCCGGCGACUCUGCAUUUGUGCAACAAUGUCCUGGUCAUCACUAAAGACCUGCCGGCUGUCAUCAGAGCUCACUGGAAUCUGCUGGACCUGCGGCGAUACGGGCCGGUCAACAACGGGUUUGUGUUUGAGGGAGGAACACGCUGUGGUUACUGGGCCGGCGUGUUCUUCUUGUCCUGCACCGAGGCCGAGCAGAUCAGUUUUCUCUUCGACUGUAUUGUUCGUGGCAUUUCCCCGUCCAGAGGCCCGUUUGGACUGAAGCCACUGCUGCCAGAGCCCAGCAUCAGUGCAGCUUCAGCUCAGGACAGACUUAAGCAUGAGGCGGAGGAGCUGGAGCGGAGGCUCAGUCUACUGUCUCACAGCACAGCUUCCAGCUCGCGCUUCGGCUCUUCGCUUGCGGGCGACGACCGCAGCAUUUCCGGUUCCUCUGACACUUCAGACACGAGCCAGUCAGACUGCAGCGUUAGCGGUCGCCCUGCGCCGUGGAGCGAUCUGGUUCUGCCCGGCUCUGCCGAAACGUCUCCGCUGGAGGAGAAACUCCAGGUCCCGGCCGAUCCCGUUCGCUCACGGAAGCUGAAAGAGUCCGGCCGACAGAACUCGUCCGACAGCGGCAUCGUGACCGGCAGCUUCUCGUCCUACAGCGGGAGUCUGGAUGCUGCCGGUCCGGGAGAGGAAUACGGCGCGCUGUUUAACCUGCCAGAGAAACACCUGUGCUCCUGCUCAUCCUGUCCCGUCCACGAAUACCAGGUUCCCUCGUCCCUGCGGUUCCUGUACGACUCUCCCCGCAGCCUGCUGGAGCUCAGCAGACACGGCAGCACAUCUCAAGACGAGCCCUGCGCCGAAUCUCCCAGCCAAUCAGACUCGGAGCUUGAUAAAGGGGAGGAGUCACAGACAAGGGAGGGCCUAAUAAAAGGGGAGGGGUCUCAGGGAUUAUCCUGUAGUAAAAGCUGCUGUUCACCUCCUCCUGCCGGGAUGAAAUCACUCCUCACCUCCUGCCCCGUCUGCGGAGGACUCAAGGGCUCUUUCCAUCAUUCACUGCCCGCUGCGCCAGCUAAUAAGUGCAGACACGCUCUUAAAGUGCCAGGUGAACAUUCAGCCACGCCCACUGCCGAUGUCACCGAACCACCCACCAAUCAGGAGCCAGUGGAGAUCAGACACUCAUCUUCGACCAAUCACGAUCCACGGAGGCCCUCGUCUGAACGCUCGCAGACCAAUGAGGAGAAGCGAUCGGAGAUCUACGACUGUCUGCUGUCACACUACAGUCCUGCUGCGAGAAGCAGCGUCUAUGAGGCGAUGGUUGCAUCCAGACACACCGUCCUGUACGAGAACUGCGUCCAGUGCAGGAGAGGAGAGGACAGCUGCCGGAUCCUCAGACCCGCUCCUCCAUCCAGAGAUGCCGCGUUUGUCCAGGAACUGAGGAGGAACAUCUCAGAGUCCUCCUGCUCCUCCACAGUCUCUCUGCAGCGCAUACCUGCAGAAGAUAACAGAGAGAGAAUAUGUCCAGAGAAAGGAAGAACUUAUGAAAUCAUGGACAGCCGAUCAUCAGACAGGAGCGCAGAGGAGGAGCGCAGCAGGUACCAGCUCCUGAUUGCUUCGCAGAAGAUUGCUCCUCCUCUGACUGAAGCGCUGACAGACAGACUCAGAGGAGACGCGGUGACAUACGUGAAUAUCCCCACCAGCCCCACGUCCAAAAAACUGCUGCAUUACAUGGAACUGGAGCUGCAGGAGUCCAGCGCCGCCGUCAGAGGCAAAAGCUCCAGCAAAUACGCUCAGAUAGACAUCGCAGCGACGGAGGCGGCUCACAGAGCGGGUUCCCAGCAUGCACUGGGGCGAGAGGAAGGCCUGCAGAGACUGGAGCAGCAGAGGAGACGACGAGGUCUUCCUCACGAUGAAGAGAGAUCGACUCUCCUCUGGACCAACUGACCAAAACACCUGCAUCAGUCCAGACAGUAAAACCCUAGUGUCUAGUAUAGUGUAGCAGCCGUGUUUCCUCAUGUGGGAGUCACUAUGUAGUCUGUCACGCUUAGACGACCCUGUUAAACACACAUUCGGUCUACAGUGAGCCGCUGCUACGUCAACAGAUAUCUGCGUUCUCAUGUUAGAUAAAUGUGUGCAAUGCACAGAACCAGAAAUGCAUUUUUUUAUUUAUAUCCGUUGUAUUGCUUUCUGGUUGCAUUUGUAUGAAAUAGGCUGCGUAGUCUUUUUAUUAACCUACAUUCAAGUGUCAUUUUUACAUUAAACUGCUGAUUUUGUAUUUUGUACAUUACAGGCCUGUAUGUUCUCAUAUUCUCUUUCAGCACUGAAGGACGUGAACACGAUGUGUUGCUUUGUUUGUUUGUUUUCUAUUGCAGUCACUUUUGCUGAAUAUUGCGAUUGCAAUACUGUGAUAUGAUAACCAUGCUGCUAUAUAUAUUAUAUGUAGAUAUAAUAAUCAACAUAAUAAUGCUAAUAAUAAUCUUGUUAUUACUAGUGUGCUAUAAAAUAUUGUUGAGUACUGUGUUAUUAUUAUUAUUUAUUUCAGCAUUUUCUAUUUUACAUCACAGUGAGUAUAAUAGUACAGCAGUGAUCUAUGUCUUACAUUAAACCCUCAGACUUUGUCUUGGUGGAAAACUUCUUUUGUGUGUAGUUGGCCGUAAUUGUCAUCUUCAUACACUCUGGUGAAGUGCUGUAUUCCUGUCUCCACUAAAAAAAUGUAAAAAAAAAAAAAAAAGUGUUUGUUUUCGUUUUCUGACAAACUUUUGGAAAUGUAAUUUUUGACAGAAUUAUGGACUGCGAGUUCUCGGAGAACAAAGUAAAAACCAUGAAGUCUUUAUGAUUUGUAAUCGUGAUAUUUGUGUUAUUGUUGAAUAUAUGCCCUUCC